GACUACACGAGAAUCUCAUCGAGAAAAAUGUUAGAAAAUGCACAAACAAGUGCCGUGAAAAUUCUUUUGCCAUCGUCUGGGAAGUUAUUUUUCCAGCAUAAGCCGGAUUUUGUACUGUGUAAGCCCCACUUGAUGCCAUUGAAGUCCAUCACGGUGGAAAAAUUGGAGAAAAUGCAGCUCGAGACCCAAAAAUUGCGAAACAAAACAGCUCAAAGUUAGAACGUCACACCAUCUGUUUGUUUUCUCACAUCAGCUGCAGAGAAGGAAAAAAAAGCCACAAAUUAGGCGUUUGAACGAUGGCUUGGUUGCUUGAAUUCUCCCUUAUAUCAUCCUUCGUGAUUGCGUGCGUGUCCCUCUAUCGCUACGGGAAGGUACAGCAGCAGAAUGUCUUGGUCACAAUCACCGUGGCAAUAGCCUGGUGCUUCUCCUUCUCAAUUGUCUUUAUCAUUCCACAAGACAUCACCGCGACGGUGUAUCGGCAGUGUUUGCAGGAGAACAAUGCCACCGGAGCCGACGUGGUGCCGUCAAGCAAUAUCUCAACUAGUCAGAGCUCCGGGAGCAGCAGCACAUCUUGCCAGCAACCCUGGGGUAUGGUAUCAAACUACGUGUUUGUGGACCUUUGGCGCAUCGUCUACUGGUCCUCGCAAUUCCUCACGUGGCUCAUGAUGCCCCUCAUGCAGUCCUACCUCAAGUCCGGGGAGUUUACAAUCAAGGGCAAGCUCACGUCGGCUCUUGUGGACAAUGCAAUUUACUACGGGACGUACCUCUUCAUCUGCGGUAUUCUCCUCAUUUACCUCAUUGCCAAGCCGGAGAUAAGUCUCGAUUGGCAGAAGUUGAAAGCAAUAGCUUCCUCAGCAUCCAACACUUGGGGGCUCUUCCUGCUCAUCCUUCUGCUCGGCUAUGCCCUUGUGGAAGUUCCACGGAGUCUCUGGAACAAUGCUAAUCCACAAUUUACCCUGCUGCAUGCCUACUUUAAGCUCUCCAAGCUCAAUUCGGAGAAGAUUGAGGCAGAGGAGAAUGUGGAGGAUGUUCUCGAUUCCCUGAAUUACAUCAAUCAAACAAUCCCCCACAACCACGAGCUCCGCUUCUACGUGAACAUCAUCAAUAGGAAGGUACCCGUUGAGCUGAUGGAGCGAUACAAGAGGAAGGAUGUGGAACAGAACAUGUCCAGUGUGAUGCCAUCGGAGAAAUCCCUGAGUCGCCUCCAUCGGCAAGUGAUAAAAUCCCUUCAGGUACAUCAGAGAACUCAGGCCCUUUGGAAUAUUCAAAUUGAAAAGGUGCUCCACUGUGAGAAUGUCCUGAAGAAUUUGCAUUCCUCCGAAAGGAGCUUCCGGAGUGAAUUUAGUACGAGCACCCAGAGUAGAUUCUACAACCCUAAAGCAGCUUGGUAUUGGUACUGCCUCCUCAGGCCGCCACUCAUGAAAGCCCUGGCCGUUGCGACGGCAUUCCUCUCAGUUACAGUGGUGUGGUCAGAGAUGACCUUCUUUAGUCGCUCUCCCGUCCUCUCAAUCUUUGCGAAUGUCGUCAAUUUGGCCAAGCGGAAUUACGAUUUCCUCACAAUUGAGCUCUUCUCAAUGUUUGUCCUCUGCUACCUCUGCUAUUGCGCCUACUCCACGGUGUUUCGCAUCAAAUUCCUCAAUCUCUACUACCUGGCGCCGCAUCAUCAAACCAAUGAGCACAGUUUGAUCUUCUGCGGGAUGCUCCUGUGUCGUCUAACGCCACCCAUUUGCUUGAACUUCCUCGGGCUCAUCCACAUGGAUUCGCACAUAAUCAAGGAGAGAAUUUCCGAAACCUUCUACACGCAGGUCAUGGGGCACAUGGAUGUGCUCGAGAUCAUUGCCGAUGGCUUCAACAUCUACUUCCCCAUGCUCAUGAUUGCCUUCUGCCUGGCCACGUGGUUCAAUGUUGGCAGCAGGACUCUCAGCGCUCUGGGAUUCCAGCAGUUUAUGGUGAAUGAGGAUAUGUCCGAUGAGAUUGUUCAGGAGGGGAAGGAUCUCAUUUCACGCGAGAAGCGCAAAAAGCGUCGCAUGAAUGAGUCCUCAACACGCCGUCGGAAUGGUACCGAACUCCGCUCCACGAAUUACCUAUCAGAGAAUGAGAAUACGAAAAUUGCCAACGAUAACUUUCGCGUGGUGGAGAAUACGGAUUUUGACGAUAUCAGGAAUAAUAUAACGCAGAAUUUUGCCCUCGAUGUCGAUGAUAGUUUGAACUUUGACACAGACGACAGAAUUGAAUUUCGUGCGUAUACAAAUGAUGAUAAUGACCAUUUUAGGACACCCACGCGCUUAUUUGACGAUGUGUGAUUUAUCAUUUCGACUUCUUUCUUUCAUUUGCGUCUCUUCUCAUGUGGAGUGCUUGUUCUCAACUAGAUCAUCGUGGUAAUGCUGCAGUGUAAUCAAUAAAUAUAAUUAUUAUAAAAUAAUAAUAAUAAUAAUAUCUAAUAUAUUGAAUAAAUUAAUCAUCCUUAGAAGAAACAAU